CACCACCAUUCUCUAGGUUUUAAAGGCCGUUGUUUCUCCGCUGUUCCGGCUCCUGCAAGAAAACCGUAAAAGGACUUAUUUCACCUUUGCUCUUCACUUCGUACCCAUGAUUAUUCCGGAGAAGAACCGUAUAGAAAUCUGCAAGUACCUUUUCCAAGAGGGAGUUUGCCAUGCAAAGAAAGAUUACAAUCUUGCAAAACACCCGGAGAUCGAUUUGCCGAAUUUGCAAGUGAUUAAGCUGAUGCAAAGCUUCAAGUCCAAGGAAUAUGUCCGCGAGACAUUUGCUUGGAUGCACUAUUACUGGUACCUUACUAAUGAUGGGAUUGAGUUUCUAAGAACUUACCUCAAUCUUCCAUCAGAAAUUGUGCCUGCUACUUUGAAGAAAUCAACAAAACCCCCUGGUAGGCUAGGCGGCCCACCUGGUGAUCGCCCUCGGGGUCCACCUCGCUUUGAAGGAGACCGCCCAAGGUUUGGUGACAGAGAUGGGUACCGCGGAGGUCCUCGUGGUGGUGACAAGGGAGGUGCCCCAGCAGAUUUCCAGCCAUCCUGCAGGGGUUCUUCUGGUGGAAGACCCUCUUUCGGUCGUGGUGGCGGAGGCUAUAGUGCAGCUCCAUCUGGUUCAGGUUUUGUUUGAAGACUAUGUGUCUUUUGGGUUGCUUGUUUUAAAGCUUAGUAUUCAAAAUCUUAGAAUUCUGAUUUAAUGCCUUAGGUUUGUAUAAUAUUAUGCUUGUUAUGAGAUCACAAUGUUUAGUUUUGUCUCGGCCAACAAAGUACUGUUAUUACCCCUAAUAUAGAAUUAAAUUUAUGAUGGCCGAAGGUUUUUCUUUUAAGUCUAAUUUUGUAUUUCACACCUUUUUGAAAAUUGGGAAGUUAAUAAUUUUUAACUUAAUUCGUUAGAA